ACUUCGGCGACAGUCGGCAAAAUUCGCCGUGUAAGGUUUUUUAUGUUGCCUAAAUAAUAAAGUCAAUACAAUACGCCUCCGUUAUCAUAGAACAUAUUGUUUUUACCUUUCUAUUCGCGAAUAGUGUCGACUAGUCUUUAUAUUCAUAUACCGUUAAUGAAGUUUGACAAGUGAUAUUUGCAUUAAAUUCGAAUUAAUUUUAGAACACGCCGAAACAUAUACGACCACGAGACUCUGACAGUUCUCAAUAGGGGAAUUAUUUCUGUCGUGACAACAGCUUGCAUUAAAAUAUUAGUUGUUUGGACGUUUUUUUUAGAGUGUACAAGAUAUAUUAAAACAUAUAGCUCAUUGAGAGAUCAACAUGUGCGGAAUUUGGGCGACGUUUGGCGUUGAAGGAGGUUUGAGCGCGACAUGUCUUAAAUGCUUCUCUGCUAUCGUUCAUCGAGGUCCAGACGCUUGGCGCAUUGAACAAGAUGCGAGAGAGCCUUUAGCCAUACUGGGAUUUCAGAGGCUGGCCAUCGUUGAUGGUCUACACGGCAUGCAACCCAUGCGUUUGCACCGAUACCCUCGCAUAACUCUCAUCUGCAACGGUGAAAUUUACAACUACAACAGACUACGUGAACAAUAUCACUACCCAUACGAAACUAACUGUGAUGUGGAAGCCAUUAUUCACAACUAUGAGAAUUUUGGGAUCGCCGACGCCGUAAAACGACUUGACGGUGUAUUCGCUUUUUGCUUAGUCGAUGGCGAGAAAAGAAAAAUUUAUAUCGCAAGAGAUCCGUACGGCGUAAGACCAUUGUUUAAACUACAAGACGAUGAAAAAGGAAUUUUGGCAAUCUGCUCAGAAGCUAAAGGUCUUAUUGGUAUAAAACAGAAAGCGGGAGAAGAACUCGCCUUAGGACAGUUCCCACCCGGACAUUUCGAGGAAUGGGACAUUUUAGAUAGUGGAAAAGUAAAAUAUAAUCAUACAGAAAAAUAUUUUAAACCUGGAAUGCCACCACGUUUUAUUCCGUUUGUAUCAGAAAAUGAACUUUCAAAAUUUAAUGUGUAUGAGAAAACCGCCUUUUUGUUAGAGGCAGCUUGCAAGAAGAGACUAAUGUCAGACAGACGUAUAGGCUGUCUUCUAAGUGGAGGGUUAGACUCAUCACUUAUUACAGCUUUAGUUGUGAAGCUAGCUAAGGAACAGAAAUUGCCAUAUAAAAUUCAAACAUUUGCCAUAGGAAUGGGAGAUUCCCCUGAUCUAAUUGCUGCUCGUACAGUUGCUGAUUAUCUCGGAACAGAACACCAUGAAGUUAAAUUUGAUGAAAAUGCUGUAAGGGAAGCAUUAGACAACGUAAUUUAUCAUUUAGAAUCAUUUGAUAUUACAACAAUACGUGCAAGCUUACCGAUGUAUCUUCUCUCAAAAUAUAUAAAAGAAAACACUGAUACCACAGUUGUGUUUAGUGGUGAGGGUGCAGACGAGUUGGCACAAGGUUACAUUUACUUCAGAGAUGCUCCAAAUGAAACGGCUGCACACGAAGAAAGCAUACGUUUGCUUUCAGACAUUUACUUGUAUGAUGGAUUGAGAGCAGACAGAACGACCAGUGCGUUUAGUUUAGAACUGAGAGUACCAUUUUUAGACGUACAACUUACAAGUCACUAUCUUAGUAUCGAACCCUCCUUCCGCCAACCUCAGAACGGAGUUGAAAAGCAUUUGCUGCGCAAAAGUUUUGCUAAGAGUGGUUUAUUACCAGAUUCAAUUUUAUACAGACAUAAGGAGGCAUUUAGUGAUGGCGUAGCCUCUGUGAAGAAAUCGUUAUUCACAAUAAUAGAAGAAAUUAUUAAAGAAAGGUUACCUGAAAACAACUUGCGUUUCCCUGGACUACAGCCGAAUACUACAGAAUCUAAAUAUUACCGGUACGUGUUUGAAAAAUCCUUCCCUGGCCAAUAUAACUUCACACCGUACUACUGGAUGCCAAAAUGGGUGCAAGUCUCCGACCCAUCGGCAAGAUUCAUCAAACAUUACGCCGCUUCGUAACAUUUAUUCCAAUUAAUCAAAAUUUGUUAUUCUUUGAUAUUUUAAUAACUGUUUGCAAAAUAAAAAUUAUUUAAUAUAAAAUUAAAUGACCUCCA